UGGUACCUGUGGCCGGCAUUCCGAAAGCCUGACCAAAGAGCACAAGGAGGGGGGGCCACCUGGCCGUUGGAGCCUGCGCACUACGUUCUUUCGGCGGCUCUGCCCGGCUCGGGAGUCUUCCCUUCUUGCCCUGUGCCUGGUUGCCCCGGGCAACGGCACCUUUCCUCUCUCUUUUUUCCCCCCCCACCCCCUCUCCCUCCCGAGUCCCCGCUUCUGGCGCCCCAACCCCCGCCCGCCUUUCAUCAUGUCUUGGGACCCCGUGAACACCCUCUGCGAGCAACUGGUGAAGGCGGUCACGGUGAUGAUGGACCCGGCCUCCACGCAGCGCUACCGUCUGGAGGCCUUAAAGUUCUGUGAAGAGUUUAAAGAAAAGAGUCCAGUAUGUGUUCCCUGUGGUUUGAAACUGGCAGAGAAAACCCAGAUCGCUAUUGUUAGGCACUUUGGUCUUCAGAUCCUGGAACAUGUGGUGAAAUUCCGAUGGAAUACUAUGGCUCGGCUGGAGAAAGUCUAUUUGAAGAACAAUGUGAUGGGGCUUAUAUCUAAUGGUACACAGAAUAUCUUAGAGGAAGAAAGUCACAUUAAGGAUGUUCUUUCUCGCAUAGUAGUGGAGAUGAUCAAGCGUGAGUGGCCCCAGCACUGGCCUGAUAUGUUAAAGGAGCUGGAUACACUUUCCAAACAAGGGGAGACUCAGACAGAGUUGGUCAUGUUUAUACUUCUGCGCUUGGCAGAAGAUGUGGUGACCUUCCAGACAUUGCCAGCCCAACGAAGACGGGACAUCCAGCAAACUCUCACACAGAACAUGGAUAAGGUCUUUAGCUUCUUGCUCAACACCUUGCAGCAGAAUGUUAACAAAUACAGACGUAUGAAAAUGGAUGCAUCUCAAGAACUAAAAGCACAAGCAAAUUGUCGAGUAGGGAUCGCAGCUCUCAAUACUCUGGCUGGCUACAUUGACUGGGUGGCUAUGAGCCACAUUACGGCAGAUAACUGCAAGCUCCUAGAAAUGCUGUGCUUGCUCUUGAAUGAGCCAGAACUUCAAGUGGGAGCAGCAGAGUGCCUCCUGAUUGUAGUCAGCAGGAAAGGGAAGCUGGAUGACCGCAAGCCCUUGAUGGUUUUGUUUGGGGAUGUUGCCAUGCACUACAUUCUUUCAGCUGCUCAGACAGCAGAUGGUGAAGGGCUAGUAGAGAAGCACUAUGUUUUCUUGAAGAGACUUUGCCAAGUCUUAUGCUCUUUGGGGAGCCAGCUGUGUGCAUUGGUGGGCCCUGAUUCAGAUGUGGAAAUACCUGCCAACCUUGGAAAAUAUCUUGAGGCAUUUCUAGCCUUCACAACCCACCCAAGUCAGUUUUUACGCUCCUCAACUCAGAUCACAUGGGGAGCUCUUCUUCGACAUGAAGUCCUGUCACGUGAUCCUGUGUUGCUGGCUAUUAUCCCAAAUUAUUUGAGGGCAUCUAUGACUAAUUUAGUGAAGGUGGGUUUUCCUUCUAAAACAGACAGCCCCAGUUGUGAAUAUUCUCGCUUUGAUUUUGACAGCGAUGAAGACUUCAAUUGCUUCUUCAAUUCUUUCCGAGCACAACAGGGAGAAGUGAUAAGGAUGGCAUGCCGACUGGAUCCUCGAACAGGCUUCCAGAUGGCUGGGGAAUGGCUGAAAUACCAGCUGUCCACCCCUGUCGAGACUGGACCCAUGAACUCUAAAACCAACGAAGGCCACUGCUCCAUCUUUUCCCCUUCCUUUGUACAAUGGGACGCUAUGACUUUUUUCUUGGAGAGCAUCAUUAGCCCAAUGUUCCGGACCCUGGAUAAAGAAGACAUCCCUGUGUCUGAGGGGAUCGAAUUGCUGCAGCUUGUCCUCAGCUAUGAAACCAAGGAUCCCCUCAUCCUAUCCUGUGUCCUUUCAAAUGUCUCUGCACUAUUUCCAUUUGUUACAUAUCGGCCUGAAUACUUGCCAGAAGUUCUUUCCAAGCUUUUUGCCUCUGUUACCUUUGAAGUUGUAGAAGAAAGUAAGGCCCCAAGAACUCGUGCAGUGAAGAAUGUGAGGCGACACGCCUGCUCCUCCAUUAUCAAAAUGUGUCGGGAUUACCCUCAACUUGUGCUGCCAAACUUUGACAUGCUGUAUAACCACGUGAAGCAACUGCUAUCCAAUGAACUGCUCCUGACCCAGAUGGAGAAGUGUGCUCUUAUGGAAGCCCUGGUCCUUAUUAGCAACCAGUUUAAGGAUUAUGAGCGACAGAAAGUGUUCUUGGAAGAACUCAUGUCUCCUGUUGCUACCCUGUGGCUAUCUGAGGAGAUGAAAAGGGUCCUGAUGAAUCCUGAAGAAUUUAUCCACUACGUUGGUGCUGAUAAUAGAAUUGGAGAUUCUGCCACAGAAGAUCCCUGUGGUCUGAACCGUUCUAGAAUAAGCUUUUGUGUUUAUACCAUUCUGGGAGUUGUAAAACGAGCUCGUUGGCCCACUUCUUUGGAAGAGGCAAAGGCUGGAGGAUUUGUGGUUGGGUACAUGGCUAACGGCAACCCAAUUUACCGUAACCCCUGCUCUGUGCAGGUCCUGAAACUUUUUGACAACUUGCUUGCUCUCAUAAGAACCCACAACAACCUAUAUUUACCAGAACUGGUGACAAGAAUGGGGGAAAACUUUGCCAAAGCCUUAGACAUGCUGGAAGUAGAGAAGAAUGCCAUCCUAGGCCUUCCUCAGCCUCUCCUGGAACUUUAUGACUCUCCAGUUUACAAAACAGUGUUGGAAAGGAUGCAGGGCUUCUUCUGCACACUGUAUGACAAUUGCUUCCAUAUUCUGGGGAGUGCUGGCUCAUCAAUGCAGCAAGAUUUUUACACUGUUGAGGGUCUAGCGACAGAGCUACUCAACUCUGCCUUUUUGAACCUUGACAAUAUCCCUGAUUACAGACUCCGCCCUAUGCUUCGUGUGUUCGUGAAGCCCUUGGUCCUGUCUUGCCCAUCGGAACACUAUGAAUCUCUGAUCUGUCCAAUACUUGGACCACUCUUCACCUACUUGCAUAUGAGGCUGUCUCAAAAAUGGCAGGUGAUCAAUCAGCGGAGUUUGCUUUGCAGUGAUGAUGACACAGCAGAUGACAACCCAGAGUCCCAAGAGAUGUUGGAAGAACAGCUGGUGAGGCUGCUAACCCGAGAAGUUAUGGACCUAAUUGCUGUUUGCUGUGUUUCCAAGAAAGGUGCUGAGCAGAACAGUUCUGUCACUGGAGAUGGCGAUGAUGAGGAGAUGAUGUCCACAGAGGUGACUCCACCAUCCAGCUCUGAGCUCACUGAAUUGGGCAAGUGUUUGAUGAAGCAAGAGAAUAUCUGCUCUGCUCUCCUGAUUACAGCCUUCACAUCCCUCUCCUGGAAGGAUACCUUGUCCUGCCAAAGAACAACCACACAUCUCUGCUGGCCACUCCUCAAACAGGUGCUCACAAGGAAUUUGAUGAUCGCUGAGGCGGUGACCUGGUUUUUUACAAGUGUAUUGAAAGGACUCCAGGUGCAUGGGCAACAUGAUGGCUGUAUGGCAGCCCUUGUUCACUUGGCUUUCCAGAUCUAUGAAGCUUUGCGCCCACGCUAUGCUGAGCUGAAGACAGUGAUGGAACAAAUUCCAGAAAUCCAGAAAGAGUCCCUGGAGCAAUUUGAUUCCAAGCUGCUCAAUGUAACACUGCAGAAAGUGACUGACAAGCGCCGGAAGGACCAUUUUAAACGCCUAAUUGCAGGCUGCAUAGGGAAGCCCCUUGGAGAGCAAUUCAGGAAGGAAGUCCAUAUCAGGAACCUCCCAUCUCUCUUCAAGAAAGUGAAACCUUCCAUAGAAACAGACAUAUUGGACAACAAUGAAGAUGGAGCCCUUAUUGCACUGUUUGAGCCAUAAGCCUAGGACACUUCUACACUCUUCUCCUUUUGUAUUCUGUGUUCUUUCAUUUGCUUACUCUCUACUUUCCCCUGAGCCUGGAUACAGCUCCCAUUGUCCUCUUUCUGCUUGGGGGAUGGGGGCAGGGACUGGAAACAAUCCAGCCACUAAACACAAUCUGCCUGAUUUUCCCAGCUCUACUUGCAAUUUGAUUGCACAAUUGGUUUUCCAUUGUGUCAAGCCUGGACAUUCCACCUGAACCAUCAUUUGGCCAGUUAUUCAGGAAUUAGCCCUUCCAUCUGCAUUAUGGUGUUUUCCCAGUGAAGGGAGCAUGCUCAUGGAUCCCUGCUAUGUCUGUCACAAUCUGCACUGUGGCUGCCUCAAUAUGACACUAACAGAACACCCCUUCUGGAAAGGUUUAGCAUUCCUGUAGUAACACAGGUCUGCACACAGAACACUGCACUAUCAUUUUAGACCCCACUGUUUUUGCAAAUUCACCUCCUAUUCCACCAAACCAAGCAGUGGUCAGGAACAAGGAAAAUGCUUUUGUUGUUUGUUUGGUUCACCAUGUCUCAGGAAGCCUAAAGAGAAAUAACAUGCCCUCAUUUGCCUAAGAAAUGUAAUCAGAACAGGUAUCCCAGCUCCAAAUCUGGCUUCAGCUGCUGAAGCCUGAAAAUUCUAGGUAACUGCAUAUAGGACUACGUUUCUGCUGGUCUGAGCUCUUGAAGACUAGGGAGAAAUACAGCUGCAGAGUUCAGGAUCAUUUGCUGCAAUAUAUAAUGGCUCAAUAUGCAUCCAAAGCUCGGUUUGAGAGUAUCACAGGAUAUAAAACUGCAACACCUUGAAGGCUUAAACUGAAGGGGGACCCAGUCUGUCAUGACUAGGAAGGUCUCCGCCUAACACCUAUAGUAGUAUGACUGGAGAUGCGAAAGAAUGUUUGGGCUUCAAGAAUUAGAAGAGCUUAGUUUUAAUAGCUUUGCAGUGCACAGAGUGGAUGUCAUGGCCAGGCAAGUUUGGAGAAAGCAGGCCACGAUGUGAUGUUCAAGUUUGUACAACUAGUCUGUUUCCCUUCUAGUCUUAAUCUCAGUGUAACAUUUAUUAAAACAUCAUUGUCCAGUAGCUUUGGAGUUAGGCUAACUGUAUUUAUUGUAUCUUGGUUAUAUUUUUAGUUUUCUGUGCACAUAGAAACAUUUCAAUUAAUUUUGAGGGUUUUGUAGGGAUGUUGUAUGUCUCCAAAUCAGUUGUGAUACACCACUGGAUAUCAGUAAAGACCUUUCAGUUUUAUACAUAAA